AAUUGUUCACAUUUAUUUUUUCCUUGAUCUAAAGCCCUCAACUUUCUCGAGAAAACGAAGGAAAAAUUUAUGAACAAGAAAUCUAAACAAGAGACAGGAGGUAGGUGGUUUUGGAUAGAGUGAAAGAUACAAUGGCGGGAAUCGCUUUUCUGGUGGAUCUAUGUAGGAAAAAUCCAAGCUUUUGCUCUCCGAAUAGCCUCCACAGUUCUGGCUUCUUUUCUGCCUCGACUGCAGCUGCAUCUGCGGCUGCCUCCAUCGCCGCCGGCGUCCCUUUUGCCUCUAGGUUCCUUUUCGGUUGUCCCAAGAUACCUGUUGCUUAUUGUGAUGUUGGUGCAGCUCUGUCUGAUGCUGACAUUUUUAACAUGCAAAGAGUAUCUGGAGAUAUCUUUCAGCAUGAUGCUCUUAAGUAUACUACAAAGGAGUAUAAGAUUGAGUUAAAACCCCUUUUUUCAGCUUUUGAGUUGAAGGCAUUUUCUAUGACAUCUUUGAGGUCAUUUCUGAUUUUCUAUCUGCCUCUUCUGGAACCUGCCACAAACACAGAAGAAGAAGAUGAUGACAUAUUCCAUGAUGCUCAAGAAGAGCGCCAUGUAGAUUUGAUUGUUCCCUUCAAAAAAUCUUUGAAGCAGAUUGUUCGUGAGACGACUGUUGUAACCACUAGACGAAUUCUUGAAAGACUUGCUGUUCAUUAUGUCUCACAGCGCAUGGCGUGGAAGCUUCUUAAAGGUCACUUACUAGGAGUUGCAGCAGCAUGGAUUGUCCAAGUUGGUAUAGAAAUCUACCAAUUCUUGAAACAAACAACAAACUCUGAAGAUGAGAUUGAUACUGUGAGCAAAUCAGAAGAAGCUAAACUCCUCAGGAAGAAGGUUUCUGGUGUCACUAUCAGGUGUGGAGCAUCACUAAUUUUUGCUUCUAUUGGAGCAGGGAUCGGUGCAACCCUUGUACGUCCGUCAAUUGGUCAAUGGAUUGGUUGUGCUGUUGGAGAUUUGGCUGGUCCCAUUAUUGUAACAUUUUGCCUUGAUAGGGCUCUUCAUAUAGACCACUAGAGUGGUGGAGAUGAUCUCUCCUUCAGAAUUGACCUUCUUGUUUUUCUCCAUCAAAAUUGAUCUUGCUUACUCCUAACAGUAUUCUUAAACAGAACUUCAUAGGAAUACAAUAACUUUUGCUUCAUAAGUUGCUCAUAGACGUCUCAACGUCUCCCUAUUAGCAGAAUUUUUCAUCCUCUUCACUUAUCAAUCAACAACAAUUUCAGCU